GAACUUUUUGGUGAUUUUUUUGGUGUUUCAUUGCGAAGAAGAAGCAGAAGCAGAAGCAAGUCGGACGACAGUCGAGAGGGCAUGACAGACGGCAAGGUGAGCCCGGGCGAGGGCGAUGUUGCCGAGGCCGCAAAGGCAGCGCUCGGUGCGAACGAGUCGCUGGGGAUCGGCAAGCUUUGUGCGCAGAUCCUGAAGGAGAACCCGGAGUGGACGUUGAGCGAGAAGCGCCUCAAGACGAUCCUCAAGCAGGCCGGGCUCAAGUGGGGCGAUGCCUCGUCAUCAGAGGCCCAGACCGAGCCGGCGGCGAAUGGGAACGGGACCAGUAGCAGCAGCAAGAAGAAAAAGAAGAGCGGAGGGUCGACGAAGAAGGGCGACUCGACGAUCCCAUCGUCGCGCCUCGACAAGGAUGUGCCCAUGCCGUCUGGCGUCCGCGCCGUCUACUUUGACGAGGUCAAGGGAAAGGGACUCGUGGCAGACAGAGAGUUCAAAGAAGGCGAGACACUAUUUACAGAAGAGGCCUUUGUCGCUGCGCCACCUGCACACGCAUACAAUCAGGUCGCCUCGGGCGAGCUCUGCACCCAAUGCUUUCUUCCCGUCGCGUCCAGCUCCCUUAAUGUGGCCUGUGGGCAAAAGGACUGCAGUGCCCGCUUCUGCAGCAGGCUAUGCCAGAGCAAGGCGCAGUCGCUGCACCACACGCUCCUCUGUCCCGGCCAGAACCCUUCAAUCAAGCCCUUCAACAAGUAUGUCUCGGUCCACCGCUGGCUCUCGCUCUCGAUGGUCGCGCGCAUCCUCUGCCGCAUUCUCCUCACGCACUCCUCGCACCCACCACCCUCUCUCGCCGCGCCAUCGUCGUCGUCAUCAUCCAAGACCUCCUCUCAGCCCGACGCUGCGAGUCUGGAGGAGACACUGGCCCAUUUUGAUGCCUUUGCCACCAUCUCGGAACUCGAGCGGCGAUGCCGGAAUCCGGGCUGGUCCAUCGAGCGGGAAAGCUUUCUCUCGGCCAUGAAGGAGGGCCACCGUCUUCUCGUCCUUGGCCUUGACCCGCACCCUGCGACGCCGCAAAAGGGCCGCUACCCGAUCCGUUCGUCAUUCCCUGCAGACAUCUCGCAGAGGAUUCUGUCCUGGGACACGUUUCUCGCCUACCUCGGCCGCUCGAACCUCAAUACCGAGGCGCAGGGCGGCAUGUACCUCGUCCACUCGCACCUCAACCACGCCUGCGAACCCAACGUCGGCGUCACGCACCCGCCCCACCCGCGCGCAGGCAUCCGGCAGGCGACAAAAGUCGCCGUCGUGGCCCGGCGAGCCAUCGCGCCGGGCGAGGAGCUCUUCAUCACGUACCAGGACCCCAGCCUGUCGCUGGCCCGGCGCCGGCUGCUGCUCUGGCGAGAAUACAUGUUUGGGCCAUGUGCAUGCGUGCGUUGCGAGCGCGAGCUGGCGGGCCUCAGUGACGACGAGCGGCGCGCAAUGGAGAGUGGUGAAGCGUGGAAGGUGGACAAGGAGGAGGAGGGCGAGGUGGAGAAGCGGCGGCAGCACGCAGAGAUGCUCAAGUCGCUCGAGGAGGAGCGCAACGCCAAGCUGAGGAGCGAGGGCAAAGAGGUGCCCACGGACAAGGACCUCCGGGGCAUGGAGGACGAGCUGCGGGCGUCGUUGGGCUUCUAGAGAGCAAUGUAUUGUUAUAGCAAGGGAGCAAGGCGAGGCUGAUAUGGCCAUCGCCGUGGAGUGGAAUUAGAAACAGAGUGC